AUGCAUGCCCCUAUUCUGCCCAUGCACACUGCAAAUUUUCCAGUGUGCUCUCUGAAUCUGUAUCCUGUAAAUAUGCCCACGUGUGCUGUGAAUCUGCCCACGUAUCCUGUGAAUUUGCCCACGUAUCUUGUGAAUCUGCCCACAUAUCCUGUGAAUCUGCCCAAGUAUCCUGUGAAUCUGCUCACGGGUGCUGUGAAUCUGCCCAUAUAUCCUGUGAAUCUGCCCAUGUACCAUCUGAAUCUGCCCACAUAUCUUGUGAAUCUGCCCAUGUACCCUCUGAAUCUGCCCAUGUAUCCUGUGAAUCUGCCCAUGUACCCUCUGAAUCUGCCCACGUAUCCUGUGAAUCUGCCCAUAUAUCCUGUGAAUCUGCCCGUGUACCCUCUGAAUCUGCCCACGUAUCCUGUGAAUCUGCCAACAUAUCCUGUGAAUCUGCCCAUAUAUCCUGUGAAUCUGCCCAUGUACCAUCUGAAUCUGCCCACAUAUCCUGUGAAUCUGCCCAUGUACCCUCUGAAUCUGCCCAUGUAUCCUGUGAAUCUGCCCAUAUAUCCUGUGAAUCUGCCCAUGUACCCUCUGAAUCUACCCACAUAUCCUGUGAAUCUGCCCAUAUAUCCUGUGAAUCUGCCCAUGUACCCUCUGAAUCUGCCCACGUAUCCUGUGAAGCUGCCCACAUAG